UGCCGGAAUUGCUCCUACCAGGCUUUCUAAAAGCCUGUUUGGUCGACAACAACAUGUUUGAAGGCUUAGUUACUGCGCUUCUUAACAAGUUCUUGGGGCCGUACAUCAAGAACCUCGACUCUUCGCAACUGAAACUGAGCAUUUUCAGCGGCAAUGUUUCCCUAGAAGAUUUGGAAGUCAAACCUGAUGCUCUAGCAGAUAAGAACUUACCUAUUCGAGUUCAUGCUGGAUUUCUUCACGAACUUCAGUUAAAGAUUCCUUGGAAGUCACUGUACACUGAACCAACAGUUGUAGUUAUUGAUGGUGUGUAUCUGAUAGUGGGGCCAACUACGGGAUUUAAAUAUGAUGCUGAAACUGCUAAGAAAGAAGCCAGAGAGAAGAAACAGAAGGAGCUGGAGCAGAUAGAAGAAAAGAAGAGAAUUGAAAGAGAGGGUAAACCAGAGGAAAAGAGCGAUGGCUUUGUUGAGAAGAUGGUCACUCAGAUCAUAAAGAAUCUACAGGUCACAGUGAAGAAUGUUCACAUUCGCUAUGAGGAUGAAGUAACAUGUCCUGGGUCACCAUUUGCUAUUGGAGUGACACUUCAAGAAGUUUUUGCCAAAACAGUUGACAGUAACUGGAAGGAGGCAGUCAUAAAAGAUUCUGUUCAGCAGAUUCGGAAGCUUGUAGGCAUUAGAAACCUUGCUGCUUAUGUGGAGACGAACGCACAAUGUUUAGCUGGUUUGCCACUAGCAGAGUGGAAGGAUGGACUCACUGUCAGGAUAAGGAGAAACAGCAAGAGUCCUCCUGACGUGCUCCGACCGUUUUCUGGUGAAGCUAAACUAAUGCUGAACAAGAAUCCUGGUGAAGACAUGAAUGUACCAAAGAUGCUGUUGGAGAUCAUGUUGCAGCAGUUGAGAUUUACUCUUACUCGUUCUCAGUUUGUUGAUGUCAUGGAACUAGUGGAGUCAUUUGAUCGAAUCGCAUUGAAUGCGAAGUUUAUGAAGUACAAGGCAUCUGGUCGACCCACAAACAAUGCAAGAGGCUGGUGGAAAUAUUGUAUCUCUGCUAUUCUAAAUGAACAAGUGAGGAGACGAUUGCAAAUGUGGUCAUGGAAGCACAUCCAUAAACACAAACGUCUUCUAAGGGAAUACAGGGACAUCUACAAGUCUAAGUUGUUAGAGAAGAGCUACUCUAGCAAGAGACUGCAGGAACUUGAAGACUAUCUGGAUGUGUUCAACAUAAGUUUAGCUCGAGGGUGGGCUGAAAUGGAGGUUGAGAGAGAAAAGGUUCAGAAGAAGAAGGAAAAGCAACAGAAAGGGUGGUUUAGUGGCUGGUUUGGUGGGGGCAAAGCAAAUCAGAAAGGAACAACAAAGACAACAAUAGCUGGUGAAAAAGUAGAAAUUACAGCUGAGGAAAAAGCAAAACUGUAUGAAGCCAUUGGGUAUGUAGAAGAUGCUUUAAUUGCAGAGCUUCCAAGAGAGUAUGUUGACAACAAAAUCAGUGUGCAACUUACACAACUAGCGGCCGAUCUAGUCGGAGAAGAUGGGAGGGAAAUUGUGCAUGCUUCUCUAAAUGAAAAUAUAGUCUUUGUGGAAACACGGACAUCUGCGAAGAAUGUUUGUGUAAAGGCUAGUUCAUCUGGAAUGACUGUACUGGGUAUUGCUGAGGAUGGUGAGGCUCCAGAGCUAUUGAAGAAGAUGCAAGGAGACAAAGCAGAGAAAGAAAAGCCUUUGUUUUCUGUCUGUUUUGAGAACAACCCUCUUGACGGUAAAUGCAACCAAAGGAUUGUAGUUGAACUUCAACCAGCAGAAAUUACAGCUGAUAUGCUUACUGUCAAUGUGAUCAUUCCUUUCUUCUCACUGCCUAAAGAUGUCCAUCUACAGCAGUUGCAGUCGGCUGCUACAGAACAGUUACAAAGCUUGAGAGAACAAGGACGAGCUGCCAUUCAGCAUGCAAUUGGCAGACGGAAAGUGGUAGAUGUGAAUGUCACGGUUCAUUCUUCAUAUGUUUUGGUGCCUGAGACGGGCAGGAGAACAGAUACUUGUGACCUUCUUGUUGUUGACCUUGGUUCUUUCUCCUUGAAGUCACAAUUUCAGGAAGAAUUGCCAUCACUAGAGGAUGCCACUGUGGAAGAACUUGAUGAACACGCAUAUGAUCGUUUCAAUCUCAAAGUGACAGAUGUUCAAGUUAUCUUUGCAAGUCGUGAGGAUGACUGGCAUAAAGCAAGGAAAGAAGGCCCAGGACAACUUCACCUGUUGCAACCAGUCACACUUGAUGUUGUGCUCAUGAAGAGUGUUGUUCCCGAUGACACCAGACUACCAAAGGUGAAGUUGAGUGGUGAUUUGCCACUACUGCAGAUUACAGUAUCAGAUCGGAAGAUUGAGCGGUUAAUUGAGCUGGUACUGAGUUUACCUCUGCCAGAGUCUGCAUCAUCUCCUGCAACUCUUGAAGUUGUAGCCAAUCAAGAGCCUGUUGAGCUGCCAACUUUAUCAGAGCUUGGCUUGUCUACAGAUGACUUUGAUGCAAUUUCACUUUCCAGCAUUUCUACGGAAACAAGCGAUCAGUUAGAGUAUCAGCUAGACAUUACUGAUGGUGAAGAACACAGACAAAUGGGAGAUACGAAAGGUUUUAAAUUGAAACCUCAAGCACUGAAGUUUGCUGCCGACUUGAAAAUACAAAAGAUUGGUUUGACUGUAUCACGAUGGCAAACUGAUAAAGAGACAGCAUUACUUGAUGCAUCUGUGAUGGACAUCAGCACGGAAGUGAAGGUGCAAACAUGGGAUAUUAUGGUGACUGCAGGUUUACAGAUGGUCACAAUUCAAGACACAAGUGUAGACGGAAAAUUUUUGACUCUUGUACAAGGUGGUUCACAGGAAGAAAAACUUGUCAGUGUGUCUUUCCUGAAGGCUAAUACUGAGGCUCCUGGAUUUGAUGAAGAGUAUAAUUCAACAUUGCACAAACUGACUGCUGAGGUCUCUAACGUAGAGUUUGUGGUACAAGAUCGGUCUCUCUUGCAGCUAAAAGAAUUUGCUCUCGGUCUUGCCUCCAAGUUAAACAGGACGGAUCAUGUUAAAGAAGAGAGUGAUAAUCAGAGGUCACAGGCUGUUGUACAGACAGAGGUGAAACCAGUUGACUUGGGUCUAUCAAAGGCAAGAACUCAGUUUCAGUUGCAAGCAAACCUGAAACGUGUUGCCAUUAAUUUGUGCUCGCCAGAAAUUGACAUAGCAAACGUAUCAGUAAAAGAUGUUGCUACUGAUAUUGCAGUUGGGAAAGAUGUUACAACAGUUUCUGCAAGCCUAAAUGAUGUAGUUGUUUUGGAUUGUAAAGAAACAAAGUAUCAGAAGAUAAUAUCAAUUACAAAAGGAGAAGAUGCAUUGCUGAGAGCAGAUAUAUCUGUGUACAAUGAUGGAUCUAAAGAUGAACGAUAUGCUGACUUGAACAACGUUGACGUUGAUGUUCACCUGAAAGUUGCACCACUACGUGUUGUCUUUCUGAAUGCAUUUGUGCAGAAGUUGCUGGACUUUGGUGAAAAGUUUAAGCCUAGUGAAGCUGUUGUUGCCAAAGCAAAGCAAAGAAUGCAUGAUGCAGCAGAAGCAGCUAAAGCUUCGCUGAAAGAGAAUAGUGGAGCUCGCAUUAAGUUGGACAUUACUGCUAAUGGACCUGUGAUCGUCAUUCCUCGUAAUGACAUGUCAGAUGAACGAUUGGAAGCUGAUCUUGGAAAGUUGAUUGUAUCGAAUUGUUUCAAAUAUGCCAAUGAUUUAUUGAAGGAGAAAGACUUGCCCACUGACGAUGUUGUUGACAAUCCUGAUUUUCCUGCUGUCGUUGACUGCAUGACUGUUCAACUGAUGAAACUGAAACUUACCAGAUUUUCAACUGUUGAACUUCAGUGUCACGUGUUGCUUGUUCCAAUGGACUUUGAAGUUUUGCUGAAUCGUUGCAUAACAGAGUCAUACAGAGGACUUCCUAUGAUUGAUGUUACAGGCUCUCUUCCACCUCUAAAGCUACAAGUUGGAAAGCUUGAUAUUGAUUUUUCUUUGGCGUUUCUCGAGGAGAACUUGAAAGCAGGGGAGAAGAAAAAUGUAGAAACAAAAAUAACUGAAAGUGCCGCAGCACCAAGAACUAGACCUGCAUCUUCAUCUCAACUGCCUGCUUCUGAAGCAGAUGGUAAAGUACAACUUGAAACCGAUGUUGACUUUGAUUGGACUAAAAUCAGAGCUGCAUUUGACAUGCCUGAGGUGUCACUGAGCUUGUUAGACCAAGCAGAAGGUAAGGAACAAACAGUACGACUUGAGCUUUCUAUAACAGCUCUUGAUGCAAGUGUCAGCAUGAAGGGGCCUUGUCUUGAAGUCUCUGCUUCUGUUAAGGAUGCAAUUAUUCGUGAUUGUGAAGUGAAAAAUGCAGACGGUAGUCCUUUACUUGUUCUCUUUUCUGAACAAGGUGUGAAUUUGCUGGACUUUAAACUUCAAAAGGUUGAUUCAAUGUCAAGACUUUUCAAGACUGAAUUUGGAGGAGUUGAGAAUAAGAUCAGUGCUGAUAUUGCUGCAGUGGAAGUUGUUGUCCAUCGACAAUCAGUUCUUGGUCUCAUAGAGUUUGCAUUGUCAUUGAAACCAACAACUGCUCCUGCUGUUCAAGCAACAGCUCUACCUAAACGAGCAAGUGUCUCUCAGUUACAAACAAUUGUUCCUGAAGUUGCGAAGAUAGAUGGUGACCACGUAAAGGUGUUUUUGAAUGCUAGUUUGAAAAAGAUUGGUGUCACACUCAAGUCAAAGGAGGCAAACAUUGCAAGCAUGGCAAUAACCACAGCAAAGACUACUGUGCAUCUCAAUUCUGACGGAACGCUUGAAACUAAAUUGACAGUCAGUAGUUUCCUAGUUGAUGACAUCAGAGAGAAACAACAUGGCAUAACACACUUGAUUGAAAAAUAUUCAGAAUCUAAAGAACCAAUGUUGGAUGUCUCAUAUUCAAAAAACUCUUUUGAGGAGCAUGUUGUUGAUGGAUCUUUGAAUAACCUCAAUGUUGCUGUGUGCGUGGACUUUGUACUUUCACUUCUUAACUUUGUUCAGUCAGUGCUUCCAAAAGAGGACAAAACAAAACAAGAAAGAGUAUUUGAAAAACCGUCUAAACAUGCCGACAAACAUCGUUUUGAAGAAGAGCCAGAGCCGACAGCAAAGCUUCCAGUGGUAGCAAAUGUGACAUUCAAGAUGGACACCAUGCAUGUUUUUCUUUUGGAGAACUCAUUUGAUGUGCAUACAAGAGCUCUCUACUUCACAGCUAGUGUAGAUGCAAUGUUCAAACAGACAGGAGAUUCAAAGAAGGUCUUUGCAUCUUUGCCAAGUUUAGCUCUUCACUCAUGUAUCUACUCAGAGAAAACACAGCCUAGAGCAGAGAUUAUUAGUCCGUUUGAUGUGCAGCUGACUUAUACUGACAAUUCAGACAUAAUGAAAAAGAACGCAACAAUCAAAAUAUCAUCUAUUAAUGUAUCUGUGGAUCCUUACACAAUCAGCAUGAUGAAGCACGUAGCUGACACUGCCAGCAAGGCAUUGCAGCGUUUGCAAAUAGAAGAGGGAGAAGAUGAGGAUACUGCUGUACCUCCUGAUCUCUUUCAUUGUAAAGGCAUUGAGUCAGGUCGAUGGUACUAUGAUACAAUUGAUGUUAAUAUUCCUACCAGUCCUGCAUCACUGAAAUCUUCUGGUUCUGAGAAACGUCGAAGUGACUCUCAGAAAGACAGGAGCUCUAGCAUGAUAGAACGGCAUCGAGCAGCACACCAAAGCAUUCGCAGUAGGCAAACAUCGGUGCAAGCUGAAUCUAUUUUAGAAGAACUUUACAUUGAGGUUGAAAGCUUUGAACUGCGGCUGGAAAAUGAAUCCAACGGAUACUUUUAUCCAUUACUGUCAGUAGAUGGAAAGAUGCAAGGAACUGUAAAAAAUUGGUCAGGAGAGAUGACGGUUUCUACAAUUUUGGAAUUGGAGGUUGCAUACUACAAUGAAACAUUGGCUGUUUGGGAGCCAUUGAUUGAACCAGUUCCACAGUUUGAAAAUGAGUUUACUUAUCGACGGUGGAGACUGAAAUUGGAUGUACAGCGAAAAGUGCCUCAGAAAGCUGAAGAGGAGACACUAGCAGCACAGUUUGAUGUGUCCAUGGGUGUCACAACUGAACAGAACAUUGAUGAAGAUGAACCAGACGGAACUGUAAACACAAAUCAACGGGGAACAAGUGAAGCAGCUCAUCGAAUGUCAAUAGCAGAAAUAGAGGUGCCGGAAGCACUGCUAUCACUAAACAUUGCUUCAGAAGAUGUUCUGCAAGUAACAGUAAGCAAAACAGCUUUACAAGUCUUUACUGCUUUGGUAGAGGAUUGGAGUGAUGCAGACUCAGCUGUAGGACAACUGGCAAAACACAGACAAGUACCACCAUAUGAUGUUCACAACAAGACUGGAAUUACUGUGAAAGUGUGGCCUGGUCCUGCGUUUAAGGAUCCCAGCAAUGGUUCUGGUAUUAUCCUUUCUGCUAAUCAAACAGUACCUCUUUCCUUUGUUCAAGAUACUCGAGGGAAUACUGAAAUUCUCAGUGAAACUUUUAAUGCUGAUCAAGUUGGACAUCGUCGUGGAGGUGACUGUGUUAUAGCUGUGGAGGUCAAUGGAUUUAAGACUAUUACAAGAGUUCCUGUCUUGGAAGCUGCUCUGCAUCGUUAUGUUCUUCAGCCUGCUGAUUCCACGGCAAAGGAUGUAUCUCUGGUGUGUGAAAUCGAAGCACUCGAAGGUCACAAAAUAAUCAGAUUUCGGUCUCCACUUCAGGUUAAGAAUAAGCUGGCUGUGGCUGCUGAAAUACAGAUGGUUCAUGUAGGUGCUGAUAAGAAACAGAGUGUUUCUGUGGCAGAGCUUGUACCAGAGGAGACAUUUUAUCCUAAUUUACUUGGCACUGGAAGCUGUGCUUUUAUGUUGAAACCUCCAGGACCAAGUCACAAUGUAAGUCAGACAUUUACUUGGAAAGACAAGAAGAAGAACUUAACGUGCAAGGCAGCAGAUAAUUCUAAGUUUGGUGUUCGGUUGGUGGUCACAAAGGAUCGAUAUGAGAGUGUGGUGCCUGAAGGAAUGUCUCUAGAUGACGUGCCUCGUCACACACUUCAUCUUUGCCCUCCUGUAGUAGUACACAAUCUACUUCCUGUGCCAAUUACAUUUUCAUUGGAGAAUUCUACAGCUUUGGGUGGACUUGAAGGUGGACAAAAGACAACAAUAUUUGAUAUAGACUUAAACGAAAAGCCAUUGCUGCACAUCAUGGCAACUGACUGUGGAGGACAUGACUGGAUUGGUGAGGUGAAGGUAGACUUAGAUUCUUCAGGGCUAUCAUUUUUUGCAGUAAAGACAAAGGCGAUGGAAGGCCAGUUUGUGUCUUUGCAAUUGGGUGUUCAAACAGUGGCAGACAUGUCUGUUCAUUUGUAUCUUUUCUGUCCCUACUGGAUGGUGAAUAAGACAUUUUUGCCUUUGCAGUACAAGCCCAAUGAAGUCAAACACAUAAUUGAACAUGAACCUUCUUGUUCUGGUGCCGUUAUGCUGGCAUUUGACAAGACAUCUGGGUCUAAGAAGACGGCUCAACUUCGCAUUUCUAACUCAAAAUGGUCAAAACCUUUCUCUUUGGAUAUUGCUGGUAGUGGUGGUGUAGUCAAGUGUAUGCUAGACAACAAAGAGUAUGAGGUGGGUGUCAAGGUAAAUUUGACAUCAUUUAGUCUGACAAGAACAGUGUCUUUCACACCGUACCAAUUAAUUUCCAACAACACUCCUUACACGAUUUAUUGUUUUGAGGGUCCAUCUUCUCAUCCUCUCAGGGUUGAUUCUGAACAGUGUUGUCCUUUGUGGCCAGAUGGCAAGACUGGUGACUUGCAAAUAGCAGUUGGUUCUAGUGAUGCUCCACGAUCUCAACCAUUCAAAUUUACUGAAGUCCACUCUACUUUGCUACAGUUAAAUGGCGAGGUUGCUGCACUGAAUGUAGAAGUACAGGUGUCUGACUCAGCAAUUGUAAUAGCCUUUUCUCAGUACUAUAAUGGAGCUGCUCCUAUAAGGAUAGAAAACAGCUGCAUGGAUGAGAGAGUUACUGUUGAGUUCUGGCAAAAAUCACAAGAUGCUCCAGAUAAGCAUUUCUCAAUUAAGUCACAACAGUCAAGGCUUUUCACGUGGUCUAAUCCUCUUGGCAAAAGGGUGUUGUGCUGGCGUUUUGGUGAUACUAGUACUGCUACAGACAUCUACGAAAAUAACUUGUUGCAAGACAAUCAUGGGAAGAUAGAGCUUUCUCAACCAUCUAGUUCUGACAAGAAUCCGGUUAAGAUCUAUUGGGCCUCUUUUCUUGAUGGGUUACAGCGUGUUCUGCUCUUUACAAAUGAUAAGCGUGUAGUGGAGAAGGCAACAGAAACGGAACAUGUAGAAAGACCUGAUUUGGAGAUCUCAUUCGCUUUGCAAGGUGUAGGCAUCGCGUUAGUCAAUAACUACCGUGGUGUUACAGCAGCAUAUAUUGGCAUUACAAGCUCUGGAUACCAGUGGGAAUCUAAGCCCGAAAAGAAGAAGCGCUGGGAACCUGAGAGCUAUGAAAUGUGUCACAAACUUGAAGUUCUCUAUCGAGACAGAUCAAAAAUGAAAGAAACCAAUCUUAAGGUUGACUUCAGUGAUCUUCAAAACAUGAAGUUAACUGCUCCUAAAAAGAGAGAUUUGAGACGUACAUUCCAUGAGGGCAUCUACUGCCAGUUUACCAAGUCAAAGCAUCAUCUUCAUGUCCAUGCUGUGGUGAACAGAAUGCAAAUUGACAAUCAGGUAUUGCAUAAUGUAUUCUCUACCAUCUUUCAUCCUGUCAAGCCUCCUAAGUCGGUUGCAGCUCAGGCUGCCCCAAAACCUUUUCUUGAGGCAAGUGUUGUUAUUCAUCGCAUGCCUGAGAGCAGUGUUCGCCAGAUCAAGUACUUCAUGAUUUUGGUUCAGGAGAUAAGUGUUCAAGUGGACAUGGGAUUUAUCACCAAUAUAAUUCAAGUGUUUGCUCCUGAGAAAUCGAAUGAUAAACGAGAGUUUAUUGGUUACAAGAAAGAUCAGGACAGAGUCAGCAGUAGUUUGUCUCAGUCAUCAGCUGUUGAGGCUGCUGCUAAAGGUCAAAAAAUGUUUAUUGACUUUUUCCACCUUUCUCCAGUGAAGGUUCAUGUCAGCUUUUCUAUGGAUGCUUUUGGUACUGGAGAAGACGAUGCAUCAAGCUCUCUAGCUCCAGUGCAAUUUGUGACUACGGUGCUCAAAUCUAUUGGUGUAGUGUUGACAGAUGUUCAAGACAUUGAACUGAGGCUUUCAUAUUAUGAGGUCUCUAGCAAAUCAAUGAAUGACAAGCAACUACAAAAAAGCAUUCAAAAACACUACACGUCACAGGCUCUUAAACAAUUUUAUGCUUUGGUUCUUGGUUUGGAUGUCAUUGGAAAUCCAUUUGGUUUAGUGAACAAGGUCAAGGAUGGUGUGUUUGAUUUGUUUUAUGAGCCAUAUCAAGGUGCUGUGCAGGGACCUCAAGAAUUUGCCAUUGGUUUUGCCUUUGGUGUUCGAAGUCUUGUCAGCCACACUGUUGGUGGUCUAUUUGGUGCUGUGUCUCGUAUCACUGGAACCUUGGGCAAGGGCAUUGCCAAGCUGACGUUUGAUGACAAGUACCAGAAAGACCUAGCAACUAGCAAACAGCCAAAGAAUGUAGGAGAGGGACUGGUGAAGGGAACAAAGGGAUUUUUUGGGGGCUUACUACAUGGUGUCACAGGAGUGGUAACAAAGCCAUUUGAAGGAGCAAAGAAAGAGGGUGUUGAAGGUUUCUUUAAGGGUGUUGGGAAAGGAGUCAUCGGUCUUGUUGCUCGGCCUGUUGGUGGUGUAGUUGAGCUGGCAAGCAGUACAUUCCAAGGAAUCAGCAAUGCCGUUGAUUUGGAUGCGGAGGUUGUUCGUCUUCGUUUUCCAAGGUUUAUUAACCCAAACAAGGUUGUCCACCCUUACAAUCUUCAUACAGCAACUGGCAACUUCUUCCUCCAGGUGAUUGAUAAUGGUGAAUUUUCUGAAUCAGAUGUCUACUUUGCUCACAGUGAUAUACUGGACAAUCCUAAACUAGUCAUUAUUGUUACAAACAAACGUGUAAUUCUGAUGGAAGAAGGUGAUAUGGACUUCAUUGACAAAGGAGAGCUGAAGAGUCCAUGGUCAACUAAGUUAAGAGAAAUUAGUGAAGUACGAGAGUUUAUGUCAGGAAAGGGGCCAGCUAUUCAAUUUAUUCUCAAGACCUACAAAACAGGAAUCUUUAAUAAGAAAUCAAAGGAGAAUGAAACGAAGGCUUUUAAAGCCCCUAACAAAGAUUCUCGACAAUAUGUGAUACGCAAAGUCCAAGAAGCACUGGACUGGUUUUCAUACCCAAGUCAACAGUGAACAUCUCAAACUUAGACUAGAUGUAGCUGCUGUUAGACACUCGUAGAGUCAUUUCUGCUUUCUUUGAUUGUGAUUAUGUUUUGAUAUUGCUGAA